UUCACCUAUGCAAGGGUAGCGAGUCGCGUUCACUGACAAACGCACCAAGAAGGACACGCAUUACAACUGUAUCAUAAUCGCUUUGACUAAAACCGAUUCAAAAUAAUCGUGGAUUUCUGCAAAAUAACUGCAAGAAAAGGCGAUCUUUCUAAGACGUUAUGUGCCUCCUUAUAUGCAGAUAACAUGAUGGAUUCCUUGCCAAGGUCGACAGCAACUUCGAGCGGGGAGAAAGGUGGUUAUCAAUGUGAAGAUCAAUAAUUGACUCCAACUAAUCAAUCCACUCCUACCUGUACCUGAGGGGUUCUAGAAGACAACGUCAUCGCCAUGGAAAAGCCCCCGGGUUCCAAGCAGAGGACGGUGGUCGCUCAGAUGGAGUCGCCUCCCCGCGGAGGGGGUGUAGCUACGCUCGACGUCCUCGGCAACGCAGAACCCAACGCUAGCAGGGGCGCGGAGCCUAAACUCUAUCUCCAACUGUCGCCUGGUGAGGCCUCCCCCCAUGUCGCCACGGAUACCAGGAAGUUGAAUGGAGGACGUGGAAGUGGCACCUCCCCUUCCUGUCUGAGGGCUGAUGGGACGGGAAAUGAGGGAUCAUGGCAGAGUAAAGGAGGGAGUAUGGAUGCGAGAGGAGGAGGGGUGUUAAAACCACUAACAACACCUGAGAGAGCAGACAUUAAGAAAAGCAGGAUCCCUAUGGCUCUCUCACCGAAGACGGACACACACACCUCUACACACGCCACACACACCUCCACACACACCACACACACCUCCACACACACCACACACACCACACACACCUCACACACCUCCACCACUAGCAGUGACCGAAGGCUGAGGUCUCCCAAGAUCAAACACGGCACGAUCCCCAAAACACACACACACCGAACGGAACACACCUGGGAUGCCAGCUCCAAAGUGGAACACUCCAGAACCGAACACUUGUCUGCAGUGAGCUCCAAACCCUCGGCCUCCAGAACUGUGCAUGGUUCUAAGGAUCCUCAGAAGGUUUCUAGUUCUAAAGGUCCUGCACCGCCCCUCGCCCCUCUGGCCACCUCCAGCCCCAAAUGUAGAACCACCGUUGACGUGAUGCUCACAUCAACCACCUCUGACAUCAUCACAGGGGGACGAGCCUCGAACUCUGACCUGUCGAUGGGGUCACUAAGGGUCAAGGUCAACACUCCCCAUAAUACUCCAUUCCUGACCCCUGACCCCUUUGCCACGGCAACGGACAACACAGAGACGACUCUAGAAGACGCAGCUCGCCGACUGGAAUCCAAAAUGGCCGCCGUCUCAGAGGGGUCGUCGAUAGUGACGAUGAUAUCACAGAGCGGCACCCGUCUGUUAGGAGGGGGAGUGGCCGGAGGACCUACGCUAUCCCAGAAGGCUGUGCAGCAGAGUGACAGGGCGGCGACGUGCGAGGCCCUGGGGAGGGACGUCAACCCCCCAGAGUAUCGCCGGGGUGACGGGCGUAGCCACGACGAUUGCGCAGGCCGGUUGCCGUGGGAGACCAAGCCACCUGGAGCCCCGCUGGGAGACCUGAGUCACGUGGGAGACGUAAAUGUCAUCGCCAUCACCGGCGGCAACAACGAUGAAGCGUCGUCAAGGGCAAUGGAGAAGGGGAGGAAAGAAAUGGGGAGAAAGGAGGAGGAACCUCCAGGGAGCUCCAGAGAGCGGAAAGAGGCCGGCACCAUGACUAACCCCAGCGAGGUGAGGCGUUUCUGGGGAGAGGAGCGGAGGGAGGUUGGGGUUCAGGCUGUAGUGGAGGUGUGUGACCGCUCCGCCACUACCAGCCCCCGCCUGUCCCUACACGGUCACCGUGGCAACGCAGGGGAACAGGAAGGGGUGGUUACUGACGGACAGAGAGACACAGACUCACGAUCCAAGGGGCUGACAGCUGGGGAUCAGAGGGGGAGUGUCCUUGUCUGUGACCUCUGCAUGGACCAGCAGGUCAGAGGUCAGGGGUUAAAUGGAGAGCUGGGGCCUUUGAUUGGCUUACAGAGCUGUCAGUCAAGGUUGGUCGCACCGCAGAACCAGGAGACGGGACUGAAGCCAGUAGCCUCGCCCCUGUGCUGCAUUCCUAUUGGCCUAGCCCCAUUUCAACACGUCUGUCAGAUAGACAUCGAGCUCUGCAGCCAAUCAGAGCUCCCGAACAGUAACGAUAAGCUGCCGACCACCAAUGAGGAGCUGCCGACCAGUGUCACCAACGACAAGCAGCAGAAACCGUCCGAGACUCUCAGCAAAACUAAAACCAGACAGACAGGCAAUUCAGCUAGCAAGACCAGCCACAAACACAGAAACCACUCCUCUCCUUCCCACUCCUCUCACCGGACCCACAGACAUAAACCCGGCUCGGGCAGAGACAAACAGAAACCGGGGUUGGAGUGGAACCAGACUGGAUUGGACCGGCUCCAGGCGGACCCAGCCCCAGGGAAGAGUACCACCAAACUGACUUCGGAGAAUCCAGAAUGGCCUGGUGACCCCGACCAGGAGAGGAAGGACUCUGGGCCGGUGCAGAACGUGGUUUGGGACGAACAGGGGAUGACCUGGGAGGUGUACGGAGCGUCGGUGGAUCUAGAGAGUCUGGGGUUCGCCAUCCAGUCACACCUGCAGUGCAAGAUCCAGAAAGCACGAAAAGCGCCUUCGGAACCCUCACGGAAGUCCGUCUCCGUUCCCUCACGGGAAAAGUGGAGAAGAAGAAGAAGAAGAGGAAUGUUUUCCGGUCAAUAUGCCGACCGGGAUGCUGCAGGAAACCUCCCGCGUCGCCCGCGGGGAAGACCCAGUGGCUAA